AUGGAAAACCACACCAUGGUCACCGAAUUCAUCUUGGUAGGGUUUAUGGGAAAGCUAGAAACGCAAUUAGUUCUGUUUGUUCUCUUCUUGAUAAUGUACAUUAUCACAUUGAUGGGUAACCUUGGCAUGAUUCUUAUAAUUAAUGCAGACUCCAAACUUCAUACCCCUAUGUAUUUCUUCCUGAAGAACUUAUCUUUCUUGGACAUUUGCUAUUCCUCAGUCAUCACUCCCAAGGCUAUGCUGAGCUUUGCAACGGGGAACAAAACCAUUUCCUACAAUGGGUGUGCAACCCAGAUGUUCUUCUUCUCUCUUUUCGGGACCACGGAGGCUUUCUUUCUGGCUGUGAUGGCAUACGAUCGGUUCAUUGCUGUCUGCAACCCACUGCUUUACCAUGUCAUUAUGUCCAAGAAGACCUGUUGUCUCCUGGUAGCUGUAUCAUAUUUUUUUGGUUGUGUCAAUUGCUGCACCCAAACUGGCUUCACGUUCACAUUGUCCUUUUGCACACCAACUGAAAUAAAUCAUUUCUUUUGUGAUGUCCCAGCUGUAAUGAAGGCCUCCUGUUCAGUUACUUUUGUGAACGAAAUUGUGCUGCUAAUGGUAUGUGGGUUAAUCAUUGUGACCACAGGCACAAUUGUCCUUGUAUCAUACGGCUACAUUGUUGCCACCAUCUUACACAUACCUUCAGGCAAAGGAAGGCACAAAGCUUUCUCAACAUGCACUUCCCAUCUGAUGGCAGUCAGCUUGUUCUUCGGGACAGUUUUCUUUAUGUAUGCCCAACCUGGAGCCCUUUCCUCUCCCAAUCGGGGGAAAGUAGUGUCAGUCUUUUACACAGUGGUCAUCCCCAUGUUGAAUCCCAUCAUCUACAGCCUGAGGAAUGUGGAGGUGAAAGAGGCUGUCAUCAGACAAUUCAGAAAGAAAGUCUUUUCCUAUUGA